UGAAUUCUCACUUCAUAUAUCCAAUAAUUAAUCUCCCUCCAAAUUCUCGAUUUAAGUUGCAUUGUGUAUCCAAAGAUGAUGAUUUAGGAAAUCAUAGCUUAGUUCUUAAGUUCAAUUUUCUUAUAUAAUUUCCGUUAGAGUUUUUUAUCCCUUUUUUUAGGUUUCUUGAUACAUUUUUAAUGAUUGCAUUUUUUUAAAUCUUUCUACUAGUAAUUUUUAAAAAAAUAAUGGAAAUUUUGAUUAAAUAAUCUUCAGUUUCAAAGGUUUCACAUCCAAAUUAAUGUUGCCGGUGUUGUAAUGAUAUUCAUAACUUUUUACCGAUUAAAUAUUUUAUCUUUUCUAUUUAUUGUUGUAUUUAUAUAAUUUGCAUUCAAAAGCUUUUCUUCCACAUAAUUUUAUUUUAUUUUUAUCAGAUUCCUUAAAUUUUAUUAUGAAUUUAAUCCUUAUAACAAUUGAAAUCACAUAGAUCACCUAAGAAUAUAAAUAUUCUUAAAAAUUAGCUCAGAUUAUAAAUAAUAAAAUUUUUAAUUUUUAUAUAACGUGAUAUUUUGACCUCAAAUUCCAGUUUCCGAUUCAUUAUGUUUUACAACUUUUUGGUUGACAAUGUUAUCAAUAUUUUUAAUAAAUAAUUCUUCAAUACACGAGACUGUUCUACUUGGUUAAAUACUUGAUCGCUAUAAUCUUCCAUUUCCUAAACCGUCAACAAGUCAUAAUGAUUUAUGUUCGUAGAUUCUCCUUUUGCCAAUCCUCAUUUACAAUAAUCAAAAUUUUAAUUAAUUUUAUUAACCAAAUGUAUUAAUAGGGUUACAACUCAUAAAUCUAGUAUUUCUCCCUUGACUAUAAAAAAGGUGCAUGGAUUAUUUGAGAUAAACACACAUCCAAUACAGCAAAUCAACAAUCAUGUUGACUAAUCUUUUCUCUAUUUUAGUUACUUUGUUAAUCUUGAAUUACACAUGCUUUUGCAUAGAAUCAGUAAAUGUUACUACAGAAAAUGACUCCUUCUACAACGGUGUUGCCACGUGGUAUGGCCCUCCCGACGGAGCCGGAAGUGAUGGGGGAGCUUGUGGCUUGGGAUAUGAUAUAGAAAAUGAUCCCUACUAUGGUUUUGUUUCUGCGGGAAAUAACAACUUAUAUCAAUCCGGAGCCGGCUGUGGAGCUUGUUAUGAGGUGAAGUGCUUAUAUAACAAUGAAUGUUCAAAAAAUGCAAUUAAAGUAACAAUUACAGACGAGUGUCCCGGUUCAUGCAAUGACGAUGGCAUUCACUUUGAUUUAAGUGGAAAAGCUUUCGGAGCUUUGGCAUAUUCUGGCCAAGAAUACAACUUGAGGAAUGCCGGCAAGAUCAGUAUUCAGUAUAGAAGGGUAAAUUGCAAUUACAAUUCAAACGUAAAAUUCAAAAUUGUUGCGGGCUCAAAUCAAUACUAUCUAGCCUUUGUGGUGGAGGCUUUGAAUGGAUAUGGUGAUAUUGCUCACAUUGAACUGCAACCUUCAACCUCAGAUUGGGUGUCAAUGCAAAGAUCUUGGGGAGUCACGUGGAAAGCUGAUUUGAAAGAUUGGCAAAAAGGUCCUUUCUCUGUAAGGAUCACUGGACCUGAAAGCAGUGCAUCGAUUAUUGCAUACAAUGUCAUUCCUUAUGAUUGGAAAAUUGGACAAUUCUAUUACUCCAAUGUUAACUUUUGAUCACACUAAUAUUUGAAUAAUUAGUAUCCACAUUGCUCAUUA